UUUUUUUUUUCUCGGUUGUCUCUAAAUCAGAAUACGAAAUGGCUUCAUCAUCCGUCUUGUCAGACCAGCAGUUGGACAACCUGAAGCUUUAUAAAUAUUCGAGUAUUGAUAGAUCUCUCUUGUCUAAAUAUGUACUUCGUCAUUAUUGGGACUUGUCUGUAAAGUUCUUUCCUUUGAAUAUGGCACCCAACCUCAUCACUUUGACAGGUCUCUUGUUCAUGAUUUUCAAUGUUGGUCUUGUGUUUAUUUAUACGCCCACCAUGGAAGCAGUAGACGCUGGACCUUCUUGGUUGUAUUAUUCUUUCGCUUUAGGUUUAUGGUUGUACUCUACAUUUGACAAUGUAGACGGCCGUCAAGCUAGAAGAACAGGUACCUCGAGUCCCUUGGGUGAAUUGUUUGAUCAUGGUUGUGAUGCCCUGAACUGUUCUUUUGCUGCUAUUAUUCAAACCUCGGCACUUGGUGUUGGUCACACCAAACAAGGUGUUAUUAUUUAUGCCAUUGCAACUGCAGGCUUCUAUUUAUCCACUAUUGAAGAGUUCCAUACAGGCACUUUAUAUCUUGGCUACGUUAACGUGCCCACAGAAGGUGUUUGUUUAUUAUGUAUAAUGUAUAUUUUAUCUGGAAUCUAUGGUCCUCACAUCUGGCAAACCCCUUUGAAUACGAUGUUCGAUAAUUUGCCCUCUUUUUUGGAAAAUAUGGCUUUAAAUGAUAUUUAUAUUGGAUUCGUUGCAUUCAUGUUUAUUUUUACUCAUAUUCCUGUCUGUUUCUAUGCCAUGUAUAAAGCCUGUCGUGAGAAAGGAAAGCCUUUUAUUAGAUCCAUGCUCUGGGAUAACUGGCCAAUCGUACUUUAUAUCUCUGCUUAUUAUUUAUGGGUGACAUCUCCUUACUCAUUCAUCCUUUCCCAUGGUCAUUUCGCCCUUUUCUUACUUGCGGUUGGUAUUGUAUUUGGCCGUAUCUGUUCUAAAAUCAUUUUAGCUCAUCUCACCAAAUCUGAAUCGCCAUUCCCAACUGGUCUGUUAAUUCCUCUCGUUAUUGGUGCUAUCAUUACCAAUUUGCCCAUUUACACAUCCAUUGAACCCAUCUUCACACCUGAAUCGGAAUAUCACUUCCUUGUGUUUUAUUUCUUUUUAGCUCUUGUUUUGUAUCUCCGUUGGGCUGUACUGGUCAUUGAUAGUAUUUGUACUUACCUUGGUAUUCGAUGCUUAAGAAUCCCUGAGCAACACACAAAAGAACAUUAGAUUCUUAUAGAUUUUUUUAAAAAAGUAAUUUAGAAUGUAAAAUAUACACAAACGACAGCCUUUGGAAGAAGGUUGAAAAUAUAAUAAUUUAUUCACAAAAAGAGAGGUUCAAACACACUUGGAUUAUAAGCAAUCAAUGCUUCUUUAUCCGCCUAAAAUUC